CGGGGUUGGUCGGUCUGAGUUGUUUCUCGGUUCUCUUCGUCUGACUUACGCCUGUUUUGUUUGCGACGUUGUCGCAGAAGUGUGCGCUUUACGGCCGCGGGGGACGCAGCGAGCCGGUGCCAGGGCCUCUGGGCCGGGAAGCAGGGUAGGCGAGCGAGGUUGAUGCUCGGCGGCGGGGUGAGCACGGCGUCUGGCCGGCUUCUCUCUUCAGCGGAUCCCAGAGGGGCGCGGGAGGCGGCGGCGUUCCGGAGCGGCCCGGCGGGCUCGAGCGGAGGCCGAGGCGGAGCGGGUGGCCCCGGGCCAGGGAUUGGAGGCCCCGCGGGCAGGAUGAGCCUGACCCCGAAGGAGCUCUCGAGCCUGCUGAGCAUCAUCUCCGAGGAGGCGGGCGGCGGCAGCACCUUCGAGGGCCUGUCCACCGCCUUCCACCACUACUUCAGCAAGGCCGAUCACUUCCGCCUGGGCUCGGUGCUGGUGAUGCUGCUGCAGCAGCCGGACCUGCUGCCCAGCGCGGCGCAGCGCCUCACGGCGCUCUACCUGCUCUGGGAGAUGUACCGCACCGAGCCGCUCGCCGCCAACCCGUUCGCGGCCAGCUUCGCGCACCUGCUCAACCCGGCGCCGCCCGCCCGCGGCGGACAGGAGCCCGACCGGCCUCCGCUCUCAGGGUUUUUGCCUCCUAUAACUCCACCAGAAAAGUUUUUUCUUUCCCAGCUCAUGCUGGCACCCCCAAGGGAACUGUUCAAAAAGACACCUCGCCAGAUUGCUUUGAUGGACGUUGGAAACAUGGGGCAAUCUGUGGACAUUAGCGGCCUUCAGUUAGCCCUGGCAGAGCGCCAGUCUGAACUGCCAACCCAGAGCAAGGCCAGCUUCCCCAGCAUCCUCAGCGACCCCGACCCCGACUCCUCCAACUCCGGAUUUGACAGCUCAGUUGCCUCUCGCAUCACGGAGUCUUUAGUCAGCGGACCAAAACCACCUAUUGAAAGCCACUUCCGGCCAGAGUUUAUCCGCCCGCCACCGCCUCUGCACAUCUGUGAGGAUGAACUGGCCUGGCUAAACCCUACAGAACCCGAGCAUACAAUUCAGUGGGACCGAUCAAUGUGUGUGAAGAACAGCACUGGUGUGGAGAUCAAGCGGAUCAUGGCGAAAGCCUUCAAAAGCCCUCUCUCUUCUCCCCAGCAGACGCAGCUCCUUGGUGAGUUGGAAAAAGAUCCCAAACUUGUUUAUCACAUUGGCCUUACUCCAGCGAAACUCCCAGACCUAGUGGAAAACAACCCUUUAGUUGCUAUUGAAAUGCUGCUGAAGCUAAUGCAGUCGAGCCAGAUCACGGAGUAUUUCUCUGUCCUGGUCAAUAUGGACAUGUCCUUACAUUCGAUGGAAGUUGUAAAUCGACUAACUACAGCUGUUGACCUACCUCCUGAAUUUAUUCACCUAUACAUAUCCAAUUGCAUUUCUACUUGUGAACAAAUUAAGGACAAAUAUAUGCAGAAUCGCUUGGUGCGUCUUGUGUGUGUGUUUCUCCAGUCUUUGAUCCGUAACAAAAUUAUUAACGUGCAGGACUUGUUUAUAGAAGUGCAGGCCUUCUGUAUUGAAUUCAGUAGGAUACGGGAAGCUGCAGGCCUAUUCCGGUUGCUGAAGACACUGGAUACUGGGGAAACCCCUUCAGAGACCAAAAUAUCAAAAUAAUACCUCACUACAACUGCCCGCUCUAUUGCUCAACUUAAUUUGGAUUGGUUUUUAAACUGUUGUAACUUGAGUGGAUUGCUUGCUUUAUCUAAGAAAUAUAAAUGACUUUAUUUACUUAAAGUAAAAUUUCCUUUUUCCUA